UUCACGAUCUUCGCUCCUCUCUCUGCUAACCCUUCAUCUCUGAAGCUCUUUCUCUUUCUUCUCCGACCCCCCCACGCCAUGGAGGUGAGCAUGGACCCGCUGUUUCUGGCCUGGAGCUACUCCAGGAGGCGGAAACUCCAGCAGUGUUCGGACAUCUGCACCAAAAUAUUACAAGACAACCCAUACGACCAGGCUGCCUGGGGCCUGAAAACUCGUGCUCUGACAGAGAUGGUAUACAUAGACGAAGUUGAGGUCGACCAGGAGGGCAUUGCUGAGAUGAUGCUGGAUGAGAGCUCGAUAGCUCAAGUUGCACGCCCCGGAACAUCACUGAGGCUCCCGGGAACAAGUCAGGGCGGGGGGCCCACAGCAGCUGUCAGGCCUAUGACACAUGCCGGGCGUCCCAUCACAGGGUUUGUGAGACCCAGCACACAGUCAGGGCGUCCUGGGACGAUGGAGCAGGCCAUCAGAACUCCCCGCACUGCGAGCACUGCUCGGCCGGUCACGAGUGCUUCUGGUAGAUUCAUCCGUCUGGGAACGGCUUCAAUGCUGACCAAUCCAGAGGGACCAUUUAUUAACUUGUCAAGACUAAAUCUGGCCAAGUAUUCCCAAAAGCCCAACUUGUCCAGGACGCUGUUUGAGUACAUCUUCCAUCAUGAAAACGACGUGAAAAAUGCUCUAGAUUUGGCUGCGCAAGCUACUGAACAUGCUCAGUUCAAAGACUGGUGGUGGAAAGUUCAGCUGGGAAAAUGUUACUACAGGCUUGGCUUAUACAGAGAAGCAGAAAAACAGUUUCGAUCAGCUCUCAACCACCAGGAGGUGGUAGACACAUUUCUCUAUCUGGCAAAGGUUUACCAGCGCCUUGAUCAACCAAUAACAGCACUCAAUCUUUUCAAGCAAGGCCUGGACCACUUCCCCGGUGAGGUCACCCUUCUAACAGGGAUCGCUCGGAUUCAUGAGGAGAUGAACAACAUUUCAUCAGCCACAGAGUACUACAAAGACGUGCUGAAGCAGGACAACACUCACGUGGAGGCCAUAGCGUGUAUAGGCAGCAAUCACUUCUAUACUGAUCAGCCAGAGGUCGCCCUGCGGUUCUACAGACGGCUGCUCCAGAUGGGGGUGUAUAACUGCCAGCUCUACAACAACCUGGGCCUGUGCUGCUUCUACGCGCAGCAGUACGAUAUGACUCUGUCGUCCUUUGAGAGAGCUCUGGCCCUGGUGGACAAUGAUGAGGAGCAGGCUGAUGUUUGGUACAACAUAGGCCAUGUGGCUGUGGGCAUAGGAGACUUGACACUGGCCUACCAGUGUUUUAAACUGUCUCUGGCUUUUAACAAUGACCACGCUGAGGCCUACAACAACUUGGCUGUGCUGGAGCUACGCAAAGGCCGUGUUGAGCAGUCUAAGGCCUUCCUACAGACAGCUGCAUCCCUGGCCCCUCACAUGUACGAGCCACACUUCAAUCUCUCCAUUCUCUCUGAAAAGAUUGGAGACCUUCAGAGCAGCUACACCGCAGCUCAAAAGUCUGAGGAUGCUUUUCCUGAGCACGUUGACACUCAGCAGCUUCUCAAGCAACUUCGGCAGCACUUUGCGGUGGUGUGAGCGUCAUGCUGCCGGCAGGCUUUGGCAGAGAGGUGUGAGAUCAGAGACACUGUGCUUCACACACGCAAAGCUAUUAAGAUACUAAAAGUCUGGAUGUAGCCUAUGUGGUUUUUAUCAUGUCUGUGGCAUUUCAAGAUUAAUUUAACAACCGACUAAACUCUCCACAUGCCGCUCUGCAAGAACUCUAUUUAAUAAUAUCACACAUGAUAUAUGAGAUGUGGGAUGAUAUUGUCCUGAUAAACUUUUAAACUUGUGCCCAGAUGUGUAUGGUAGUAACACACAUGUACAUAGACAAAGUAAAUAUUUUAUUUAAUACAGUAAAACAAGUAUCUCACAUUUUAUAGUUCAUUUCUUAACUCAGAUGUGUAUUUCAAAACCUUUCUUGCUAUUUUGUAUUCUCAACAAAAUAUUGACGCGACAAUAAAAGGAACAAUUUGGAAGAUGUGUGAAGGUCUUUAAGGUGCAGUUAG